AUGAGGGCUCCGCUUCCUCUCGUGUUGGGUUUGGCGCUCGCUGCCGCCGCCGACAUGUUCCCUGCCAGCAUCAACAUAGGAGGACUUUUCCCGGCCGGCUCACACGAGCAAGAAGUAUUCCGCUUCGCCAUGGCGCAACGCAACGGCGACGUUCCCAAACUGUUGCCUCAGAUGGACGCUGUCGACACAGGCAGCAGCUUUGCCAUGACGUACGCUUUCUGCUCGCAGUUCGCCAAGGGCGUCCAUGCGGUGAUGGGCGUGUACGACCAGCGCACCGUCAACAUGGUGUCGUCCUUCUGCGCCUCGCUUCAUGUCAGCUUCGUCACACCGUCGCUUCCCGCGCCGGGCGAAAGCCCCUUCGUACUGCAGUUACGCCCCGGCCUGCGGGAGGCGCUCAUGUCACUGCUGGACAAGUUCGACUGGCAACGCUUCGUCUACAUGUACAGUGCAAAUGCGGGAGUGUCGGUCCUGAAGAAAGUUCUGGAGCGGGCGGCCGAGCGUGGCUGGCAGGUGACAUCCGUCAACUUGGACUCGCUGAGCGAGCCUGGCUUCAUCGCACUUCUGGCUGAUCUGGACUUCAAGAAGGAGUUCCAAGUUGUUCUGGACUGCGAGACUGAUCGACUCAAUGCAAUUCUGGCUCUGAUUGCGGCACAGAGAAGAAACCUGAAGAAUUAUCAUUACAUCCUCCUCAACCUGGGCUUUGUGGAGCUGAAUCUGACAGAGUUCCACGCGCUGUCGCCAAACGUGACGGGUUUCCAGCUGGUCAACUGGUCUGACCCUUCAGUGAUCAAGGUCCAGCGGGACUGGAUGAACUUUGACGCCAAAGACGGAAAAGUGGCGCGGCGCGGUCUGCGGUAUGCAGGUGCACUAACCUACGACAGUGUCAGCGUGGUGGCGGCGGCUUUCCGCAACCUCCGACGGCAGCGCAUCGACGUCUCCCGCCGUGGGAAUGCUGGCGAGUGCCUGGGGAACCCCCCCGCGCCCUGGGGUCAGGGCAUCGACAUACAGAGGGCGCUGCAGCAGGUGCGUCUGGACGGUCUGACGGGCCACGUUCAGUUUGACGAGCGAGGACAUCGGACCAACUUUACACUCGCCGUGAUGGAACUGAGCCGCACAGGACCCAGGAAGGUGGGUGUGUGGAGUGAGAGGAGGGGCUAUGUAAGCACAGCACGCUACAAGCCCUCCCUGGAGGAGUUCCACGGUCUCCUAAACCACACCUACAUCGUCACCACGAUCUUGGAAGCGCCCUAUAUGAUGUUGAAGAAGAACCAUGAGCAGCUGGUUGGAAACGACAAGUACGAAGGUUACUGCGCCGAGCUGGCCGCCGAGAUCGCCAAGCAUGUGGGCUUCGCCUACCGACUGGAGCUGGUGGGCGACGGCAAGUACGGCUCCCGAGACCCUGUCACCAAAAUGUGGAAUGGCAUGGUUGGGGAGCUGGUCUAUGGGAAGGCAGAUGUGGCCGUGGCGCCGCUGACUAUCACGCUGGUGCGUGAGCAGGUCAUCGACUUCACGAAACCGUUCAUGUCACUGGGCAUCUCUAUCAUGAUCAAGAAGCCCACCAAAUCCAAACCCGGGGUCUUUUCCUUUCUGGACCCACUGGCCUACGAGAUCUGGAUGUGCAUUGUCUUCGCUUACAUCGGCGUCAGCGUGGUGCUCUUCCUGGUGAGUCGAUUCAGUCCUUACGAGUGGAAGAAGAAGGAAGAGGAGGAGGAGGAAGAGGAAGAUGAAGCUCCACCCACGUCUUUCAAACAUUCUGCGGGACAUGCACUUCCCGCCGAGAAACAGAAGGACAAAGACAAAGAGAGUCCGGAACACACCAACGACUUUGGCAUUUUCAACUCUCUGUGGUUCUCCUUAGGAGCCUUCAUGCAGCAAGGAUGUGACAUCUCUCCCAGGUCCCUGUCGGGUCGCAUUGUUGGUGGCGUGUGGUGGUUCUUCACGCUGAUCAUCAUCUCCUCAUACACGGCCAACCUGGCGGCAUUCCUGACAGUGGAGCGCAUGGUAUCGCCCAUCGAGAGCGCUGAUGACUUGGCCAAGCAGAGCGAGAUCGCUUACGGCACACUAGAGGGCGGCUCCACCAAAGACUUCUUCAGGAGGUCCAAGAUCGCUGUGUUUGAGAAGAUGUGGUCAUACAUGCGCGGUGCUGACCCCUCUGUCUUCGUCAAAAGCACGGACGAGGGAGUGAGUCGUGUCCGCAAAUCCAAGGGCAAGUAUGCCUACCUUCUGGAGUCAUCCAUGAACGAGUACAUUGAGCAGCGUGCGCCCUGCGACACCAUCAAAGUGGGCGGCAACCUGGACUCUAAAGGCUACGGCGUGGCCACGCCCAAAGGCUCGCCGCUCAGAAUUCCCGUCAACCUGGCCGUGCUCAAGCUCAAUGAGCAGGCCAUCUUAGACAAGUUGAAGAACAAGUGGUGGUACGACAAAGGGCAAUGCGGACACAAGGACGCCGGCAGGAAGGACAAGACCAGCGCGCUGAGUCUGAGCAACGUGGCGGGAAUCUUCUACAUCCUGAUCGGAGGACUGGGCCUGGCCAUGAUGGUGGCUCUACUGGACUUUUGCUACAAGUCGCGCAUGGAGUCGCGCAGGAUGAAGGAGCUGAUAGACGCAGCUGUGCUGAGCAGCAGCUUGGGGGGCGUGGCUCUGGCAGGGGGAGGGGCCCUGGGCUUGGCGGGAGAGAAUGGCGGCAUGGCGGCAAGGGAACUUGCUCGAGCCAGCGCGCCCGGACUGGCCUGCAUGAGCAAGGCUGCCGGCUUGGGACUGGCAACUGACCUCAUGUGA